CUAUAAACGCCGAAAACGUGAUAGUUCAAUUACCUGUUAUAAAAUAAUAAAUAAUUUUAAACUUAACAAUGGCCAGCAACCGUUUUACACCAACUGGUUUUCCUAGAGUUCCUCUUCAGAAUGGUAUCGGACGUUAUAUUUGUCAAUUGAAAAGAGUUACAUUACGGUUUUGUAAAAGCAGUGGAUCUAGCCGGGGAAUACGCGAUUUCAUUGAAACAGAACUAAUAAAUUUUGCACAGGAACACCCAGGUACCGCUGUAUACUUAAAACCACGUCGUCACAAAUCCCCUUCGUUUGUUGCUGAAUACUUGAACGGGGAACGCGAAGUGAUCAGUUGUCAUAAUUUCACCGCCCAACAAAUGGUCAAGUGGUUGAAUUUAUACACCACCCGAUCAGGUGUCCCGUUGAUGAGAUAUGUGAAAAUGUGGCAUACAGAAUGCCCUUCCAUUCAAGGAGUGUGGAGCCCUUUUACAAAUAUGGAUCCCAAAUUAAACACCACACAGUUUCCGUCAGAGGAGCUUAACAAGCCCACAUGGGAAGAAAAAUCUGCUACAAAAAAAUUAUUGGAAAUGGUAAAAAAUACAAAAAUCAAUGACGUAAACGAAGAUGAUACACAAAGGAUUGAAGCCACUCAAAUGUAAUUAAAAAUCUUAGCUCAAUUUAUUCAUUAUAGUUAGUGUAAAAUAUUUUAUUUACUUUAUAGAUUGAUUAUCUUUAUUUUAUAAUUUUGGAUCAAAUUUAUACAAAUAUGUUGUUAAUAAUAAUUUAUAUUUGUAUGAAAUUUUAAUCUAUGUAGAAUAAAGUGUUUAAUUAAUUUAACAUUUUUUUUUCGCAUUCAAAAUUAAACCUUUAUUAAAUGACAAGGCAUUUAAAGUAUUAUAUAAGUACCUACUAAAACCAUCAGUUUGUGUAUGUACAUUUAUUUAUAUAUUUUAAAUUUAUCUGUAUUAAAAUACAGUUACUAUUCUUUAAUAUCUACAUUAUUCAAGUAUUCAAUGAAGACUUAUGGCAUAUGCUACUAUAUAUAUAUAUAUAUAUAUAAAAAAUACAUUGAAAACAAAACAGUUGCAAAUUCAAAUUUUAUAAUUACUUUUAUUAUAAUAAU